AGAGGGAGCGACUCUUAUGCCCAUCAUCUGCAUAAAGGCUUACAAUGCAGGUAGCACAGAACAGAGCUGAGCUCCUGCCCGCAUAUGGAGCCCCACCACUGCUUUGGUCCUAGCACUACGUCAGACGGAAGCUAUCUCGAACUCGGCAGGUCAUCUCGGACGCCGCCGACCGCUGACUGCUGCCUCGACUUUCCCUGGGUGCUCUUGUACACGAGAAAACAUAACCUUUGCGCAAGAGCAAUAUGGCGCCAAACGAGGCGAAGAUUGAUGACUGGGAGAAGGAGGAGGGGGUCCCGAGUCUCAGCGAGCCUUUCAUCCAGAAAUAUCUAUCAGGAAGAGAUGCGCUUGUGCAGCAAGAGAAGAAACAGCGAAGUGACUACCUCUUCCGCCUAAAUCUCUCGCCCAUGGCCCAAGAGGCAGCUUCAAUUGUGUCCCAGAUUAGAUUCGAAGAGCAGCAGACCUUGUGGACGCGGGACUAUGAGGACAGCCUCCUCACUCAACAUGUCGACGUCUUCCCUGGCAUGAUGUUCUCUCUCGCCAAGGAGCGUAUGGAGAAGAGCAAGCUGUGGCAGAUUGUCAAGAAGAUGCCCAAGGGGACCCUGCUCCACUGUCACAUCGAGGCCAUGGUCGAUCUCGACUGGGCUCUUGAGGAAGCAUUCAAGGAAGAUGGUAUCGCGGUCGUCGCGGACGGACCCAUCACAGACACGCACACCCUGCGCAAGACCGGCUUCUCCUUUGUGUUUGCGAAGAACGCAAAAGAAGGUGCAUCUUUGUGGUCGUCAGACUACACGGCCCAAACGCCAGUCCCGAUCAACGUGGCUGCCGACGGCUUCCCAGAUGGUGCUAGGAAGGGCUUCAUCGAAUGGAUACGAUCAAGAGUCGUAAUCACUGCAUCAGAACACCUUUCGCAUCACGAAGGACCGAACGAGGUGUGGCGAAAGUUCAUGUCGUGCUUCCCUAUCCUCGGUUCGCUCAUCUACUACGAGCCCAUCUUCCGCAAAUUCCUUCGCAAAAUGUUCAAGACCCUUCUUGACGACGGCGUAUACUGGGUCGACAUGCGCUCGGCAUUCUUCACGCCUUACCGAAGCAAAGGUCAGGAAGGCUGGGAUUCCGACUACUUCAAUAUGCUGGAUCACCUGUCUGACGAGCUUGAGAAGUUCAAGAAGAGCGAGGAAGGCAAAGACUUCUGGGGGGCGCGCAUGAUCUGGACCACGAUUCGCCAGUUUGACAAGAAGGGUGUUAUCGAGAGCAUGAAAGCAUGCAUCGAGAUGAAGCUCGAAUUCCCCGAAAUCAUUGCCGGCUACGACCUCGUCGGGCAGGAAGACCUUGGCCGGCCACUCGCAGAUCUCACACCGGAGCUCUUCUGGUUCCGCAAGAGAUGCGCAGAAGAGGGCGUCGACAUACCCUUCUACUUCCACGCGGGCGAGACGCUCGGUGAUGGCGAUAGCACAGACGAGAAUCUGUUCGACGCGGUCAUCCUCGGCACAAGACGCAUCGGUCACGGCUUCAGCCUGUACAAGCACCCUCUCCUGAUCGACAUGGUCAAAGAGAAGAGGAUCUUGGUGGAGAGCUGCCCGGUAUCAAACGAGGUCCUGCGUCUGUGCGGCUCGAUCAUGUCCCACCCACUGCCUGCGCUGCUGGCUCGCGGCGUUCCCUGCUCGUUGUGCAACGACGAUCCUACGAUUCUCGGACAGGGAGAAUCUGGCAUGUCGCACGAUUUCUGGCAAGCACUUCAGGGAUGGGAGAACCUCGGUCUUGCGGGCCUAGGGAGCCUUGCGGAGAACAGUGUGCGAUGGGCUAGCUUCGACGACGUAAGCGCGAAGGAGUGGACACAAGAGAUCAAGGAUGGCAUGAUGGGCAAGGGCGAGCGCGCUAAAAGGCUGAAGGAGUGGACUCAGAGAUGGGAGAGAUUCUGCGGUUGGAUUGUAGAAGAGCAUGGUGUUGACGUUGAUGUUGAACCGGAGGAGUGAGCAGAGGAUGUGACGUGGGUGUAUAUGAGUAUACCUCUAACGAGUAUACCUCUAAUGAGCAUUCCUCCAAUGAGUAUGCCUCCAAUGAGCAUGCCUCCAAUGAGCAUACCUCCAAUGAGCAUACCAUACCUCCAAUGAGCAAACCUCCAAUGAGCAUGCCUCCAAUGAGCAUACCUCCAAUGAGCAUUCCUCCAAUGAGCGUUCCUCCAAUGAGCAUUCCUCCAACGAGUAUGCCUCCAAUGAGCAUUCCUCCAAUGAGCAUUCCUCCAAUGAGUAUUCCUCCAAUGAGUAUUCCUCCAACGAGCAUGCCUCCAACGAGCAUGCAUCGUGGUGCAGAGUUCAAAUGUAACACGACACCGA